AUGGUCGUGCGAAUUGUAGAGACCUUGCUCGAACGAACCGUCUCGGUUCACUAUUAUCUCCCGCUCUUUGUCGGCAUCGUCUCCGUUUUGACUCUCCGAGCGUGGUUUUCGGGCAAACGGACAGACAGAGAACGAGAUCUCCAUGGGAGGACAAUCCUCGUCACCGGAGCUACAUCCUCUUUAGGAAUCACUCUUGUCACAGAACUCGCACGCAGAGGCGCUCAGGUCAUUGGUGUCGUCGAGGACACGGCAGACCCCACCGUCCUCUCGCUCUUUGACCUCAUCCGGCACACGACCAACAACGAGCUCGUCUAUGCAGAACAAUGUGAUCUCUCAUCUCCCAACGCAAUCAAAGACUUUUGUGCACAGUUGAUCAAAUCAUCGGGAGGAGGGCUUGAAUCCGAACCACCACGGCUAGACGCCAUCAUCUACGCACACGAAUAUCCGCACAUCGGUGCAAUACAGGCUAAUUCUACGGAAAGAGCAAAGGAGGAUGAACAGAGGCUGCACCGACGAUUGGCUUCCUUUUUCUUUACGACGCUCCUCCUCCCGGUACUCCUGACGGCACCCGAAGAAAGAGACAUUCGAUUCAUCACCGUCGUGCCACCCCUGUACGCCGCGGCAAUUCCCUCUUUUACCCCUCGCCCUCCGCCACCCUCGGAGAAGAGUGAUGCGCCUGUAGGCGUUGGAGUCGCUUCUCCAUCCCUAUGGGUCAAAGAAGGCGCACGUGCAUUGGAUGCCAUUCUAUUCACCCGACAUUUCCAGCGCAUCCUCGACGCUCUCCCGACUCCUUCCGUCAAAACACAGGUGGCGAGGUCGACAGCCGGUCCAACCUCGUCUUCAAAAAACACCGUCGAGCUUGAACCGGAGGCUGUAGCUGCCAAACGUCCCUCGAAUAUUAUCGCGCUCGCCGUUUCUCCUGGGUUCAGCCGCACCGACACGAUCGCCCCCUACUUAUUACGUCGCGACAAAAAUUCAACCGUUUUCUCGUUUGUCGGCCUCAUAGGGUCAGUCACCCACCCCAUCAGGUAUACCUUGGCGCUCCCUUUGCUCUACAUAUUCGCAAAGUCUUCCGAUGCGGCCAUCCAAACUGUCUUGCAUGCCCUAUUCCUCCCGACACCACUCAAGGCGACCAGGGCUGCAGCAGCACACCAACCGACGACGACGACGACGUCAACCACACGCGAUGGAUCCUCCGAGGAAUAUGUGAGAGGAGGUGCACUCUAUGCGGAAUGUGCGCGGGUCUUGCUGCCAGGCAAUGCAGAGCAAAGGUUAGGAUCAGAACUCGUCGGUCAACGCGUCUGGGAGAAUCUAGAGGCAGAGCUCGCGCGCUGGAGAACAGCCGAGCAGGCUUCGCGUUCGAUAGAAAAGAAUUGA